AUGGGGAUCGGAAAGGUGCCCGUCGAUGUGUCGACCCAACUUGAGCCUACGGAUAAGCUGCAGACGAGUCUGGACGAAAAAUCGAAUGAGAGUGCAGAGAUAGCGAGCAAAGACGACGCAGCAUCGACCGACACGGCUGAGCGAGUCAAAGGACAUCCCGUCAUUCGAAACGGCGAGGAUGUUUCCAAAUACCUAGUUUCCGACCGCGAUGAUGGUGACGCUGCGUUGACGUUUCGUUCCAUCUUUUUGGGUACCAUAUUCACUGCCCUCUCCAGCGUCAUCACCAUGCUCUACGUCUUCAAGCCAACGCAGAUGCAAGUCUCGGCCGUCUUCCUACAGCUACUUGUCUUCCUCUUUGGCGAAGCCUGGGCAUACGGCACGCCAAACCCCGAUCGCUUCAGCAACAAGGCCAUCCGCAGUACCCUGCGCUUCAUCAACUCGGGUCAGGCAUUUACUAUCAAGGAGCACGUCGUCGCGUCCCUCAUUGCAUCUUCUGGCAACAAUGGCCUGUCUGGCGUCGAAAUCUACGCCGUCGAGCGACUGUUUUACAACAAGGCCGUUACCGCCAGCACCGCCAUCCUUGCGACGUUUUCCAUUUCCCUCUGCGGCUUCGUCCUCGCCGGCGUGCUGCGCCCGCUGAUUGUCUACCCGGCCGAGAUGGUGUACUGGUCGACACUGCCGCAGGUUGUGCUCUUCCAGAACUUGCACUUUGACCGUGCCGCCAACAAGGCUCGCCUCGAGAAAUUCUGCUGGGCGCUCGGCAUUGCCGCCGUGUGGGAAAUAUUUCCUGCGUACAUGGUGACGUGGUUCGGAGGCAUUUCUAUCUUUUGUCUGGCGUCUCUAGGCGCACCGACAUCCACGCGCACAACGUUUGGUCGCAUCUUUGGCGGUGCCUCAUCCAACGAAGGGCUCGGGCUGCUCAACUUCAGCCUCGAUUGGCAGUACAUUCAAAGCACCUACCUGUCACUGCCACUGAAGCAGCAGCUCAACAGCUGGAUUGGCUAUGCUAUUUGGUACGUGAUCGUGCCGGUGCUGUUCUACAAGAAUGUCUGGGACGCGCAGACAUUCCCUUUCAUGUCCACGUCACUCUUCUCCAGCAACGGCACACGGUUCAAGAUCACAUCGAUCCUUAAUGAUCACGGCACCAUUGACUACGACAAACUUGCGACUGUAGGCGUGCCGCGGCUCACAUCUACGACCGCCUGGGGAUACCUAACGUCUAGUCUUGCCAUGGGAGCACUCAUCACGCACGUCAUUAUCUUCUACGGGAAAGGCAUGAUCCAGGCUUGGAAGCAAGCCAAUGCUCGCACACAGCCCGACAUUCACUAUCAAAAGAUGCUCAAGUACAAGGAGGUACCCAUGUGGUGGUACCUCGUGCUCUUUGCCCUAACCUUUAUUGCCGGCCUCGUCGUCAACAUCAAGGGCGACACUACCCUCCCUGUCUGGGGCUACAUUAUCUCUCUGCUACUCGGUGCUGUGAUUGCGCCAUUUUCCUGCAUCCUCUAUGGCCUGUACGGUACCGGCAUUGGCACCAACCAAAUCUCCAAAAUGGUCGCUGGCGCCGUGCACCCGGGCCGACCCCUGGCCAAUCUCUACUUUGCCAGCUGGUCGCAUCAAGUUAUCCUUCUUGCCGUCAACCUCUCCAACUGGCUCAAGGUCGGGCAGUACACCAAGGUGCCGCACCGCGUAAUGUUCUUUACGCAAAUCUACGGCACGCUGCUCGGUGCCGGUCUCAACUACGCCGUCAUGACGUCCAUCGUCACGUCUCAGCGGGAGGUCCUCCUCGAUCCCAUCGGCACCAACGUCUGGAGCGGCUCCACGAUGCAGAGUCUCAAUGCGCAGGCCAUCACCUGGGCACUGGCGACGGAAAUGUACGGCCGCCAUGGGCGCUACUUUAUUGUCCCUCUUGGUCUGCUCAUCGGUGCCGUGUUUCCUGUACUGCACUGGGCGCUCUGCAGGGCGUAUCCGCGAAUCCGCAAGUGGCCGAUCAACACCACCUUUAUCCUGCAGUACAUGGGUACCACAUACUUUGGCAACACGUCAUGGCUGUGGUCUUCGUUUGCGGUGGGGGCCUUUUCGCAGCUGUGGCUUCGUCGUCGAUAUCCACGUAUUUACAACGAGUACAACUAUCUGAUUGGCGCGGCGCUGGAUGGUGGCUCGCAAAUUGUCAUUUUCAUCCUGUCCUUCGCAGUAUUUGGUGCAAGCGGCCAGUCUUAUCCAUUCCCGACAUGGUGGGGGAACCCAGCCGGCAAUCCAGACCAUUGCAUAUGA